AUGGCUUCGCAGAACUUCCAAACUGCGAUUCUCUUAUCGAGGCCAUAUUUGACAAGAGAACAAAUCAAAAGAGCACAACAAAAUACAAUUGCAGACCGUCGUAUUUAUAAUCAAAAGAGGAUUUCGGUCUUUAAAUUUUUGUGUGAUAUUUGUGUACAGUUUAAAUUUCCAAGAAAGACGUUGGAAACUGCGAUGUACUUCUAUCAGAGGUACUAUGUGUUUAACAAAUUCGAGACCGAGAUGUGUUAUGAUGUUGCUACAAGUUGCCUUUUUAUUGCAUGCAAACAGGUUGAAACAAUAAAGAAAGUUGCGGACUUAUGUGCGGUAUCGUUAAGGCUCCGUAGCAUAGUAAAGGUGUCACCAGAAAUGCUCGAUAACUGCAAGAAGAGGAUAUUUCAGUUAGAACUCCACAUACUAGAGACAUGUUGUUUUGAUUAUAGAGUGAACAAUACUGUUCACAUAGAUGAGUUUAUCGUGAAAAUCGGAAAAGAACUGUCUCUGAAUUACAAAGCCUGCCACUUGGCGUGGCUAAUAGCAUUCGACGCACUCAAAUUAGAAAUUUUGUUAAUGGUGCCCCAGCAUACGAUCGCAAUCGCAGCUCUAAAAAUUGCUUGCGAGUUAUCAGAUGAUACCGAGUGGCCAAAUGUACGGUACACGUUGUUCGAAAGCGAUGAACCCUCUGUCAACGAAGCUUACUUCGAUAUCGUGAACUUCUUCAUAAAUGUUUUCGAUCUUUCUGAUUUAAAAGAUAAUUUACCUCAAGGAUUUAGGAAAUUAAGUAUUGAAACGUUCAUGGAUUUAAAAAGAAAGGCCGGUGAAGAAAAAGGAUUAAAAGAGCCAGAAAAUGUGGCUACUGAUGCAUAUUUAACCAAAGAAAGGGACUACACAGUACGAGAAAGGAGGUACGUCCUUUCAAGGAAAAGAAUCAACGAUGAAAAUCGGCCUACUGUCCGACCUGCCAAGAAGGAUAGAAUAGAGUAA